AUGGGGGUCCUGGCCGGGAACCUGUGGCUACUGCUGCUGCUCCUCCUGGGGGUCCGCCUGGUGACAGCGGAGGACGUGCUGUUGCAGGCGGCCUUCGUGCAGCGGAGCCUGACCUCAGAGAAGGAGCCCGGCGAGUAUACCUACGAUAUCGACCGCGAGGAGGUCUUCCACGUGGACCUGGAGCGCAAGGACAUCGUCUGGCGGCUGCCCCAGUUCCGGGAUUUCACCACCUUCCCGGCCGUGAACGCCCUGAGCAACAUCGCCAUCCUCCGCUCCAACCUCGACAUUCUCAUGCGCCGCUCCAACAACACCCCCGUCGAGAACGUCCCCCCGAAGGUGACGCUGUACCCGGAGAAGCCGGCGGAGCUGGGGGAGCCCAACGUGCUCAUCUGCCUGGCUGACGCCUUCUUGCCCCCCGUGAUCAAUCUGACCUGGGUGAAGAACGGGCAGGAGGUGAAGGACACGGAGGAGACCGACUUCUACCCCAACACGGACCACUCCUUCCGCAAGUUCUCCUACCUGACUUUCGUCCCCAACGCCGAGGACGUCUACUACUGCCGGGUGGAGCACUGGGGCCUGGCCCAGCCCCUCACCAAGGAGUGGAACCUUGACAUGGUUGAGUCCCUCCCAGAGACGGUGGCAAACGUGGUGUGCGGCCUCGGCCUGGCCGUGGGCAUUGUGGGCAUCAUCGUGGGCACCGUCAUCCUCAUCAAGAACCGGCAGAACAGUGAGGCCAACUCCCGCCGGAGGCCCAGGUAAUCGAGGCGCCGCUCCCUUCGUGUCGAGAUCUCCGCCUGCCUCUUUCUGGAACUGCAUCCUUCUUCGCUCCUUUCUUGGCAGAGCCUUUCCUCCUGGAGGGAGAAAUGGGGGGCAGUUUCCUGAACCCCAGCAGCCUUCCGUGUGCCCCCCCCAUCGAUAUGGGACCCAUGAUGGAAUCGCCCUUCAGGGGCCCAGCCAGAUGGCAGCCAGAGAGGGGGUCAGAGUGUCCCCCCCUUGGCCAUGCCUCCCCAAAAGACAGACCCCCACAAUACUUCUAGCUCCAGCCCCAAAUAGGCCCCUUCCAUUUUUACUAUGAUCCGUGAGACCUUGUUUUCUUGCCUUGCCAUUCAUGGCCCCAUGCAUUUUCCAUUCCCAGUGCUCCAGGAAGGGACUCCCCUCUGGUCCUUAAAACUCUCCAGCCUGGGCAUGCAGUUGGGGAUUUGCAGAGAGAUGCUGUCUGUCUCA